AUGCUCGUCUCCGUCAGGUCCCACCAACGUUCGCGGCAGUACCCCUACGCGCUGCGAUGGAGGAAGGCCAAGCACGACAGACACACCCUUUCUCGUGUACCGGAAGAGAAAACAAUCACACCGCUCAUCAAGAGUCUCAACUUGGACCUCGGGGAGCUUUUGCAUACGCCGCUAUGGUCUCGCCAUCAGAUCUCGAUCCCGCCAGUCGAUGCACCGUCUCGGUUCGGCCAGUUUGGUGGUCAGUUUGCCGCAGAACUACAGAUGGAUAUCCUUCUAGACCUUCCCAGUGUGUUCCACAGCAUACUAUCAGACAACUCCUUCUGGGAUGACUUUACCGCCUGUCCCCUCAUUCGUCCCAGUCCUCUUCAUUUCGCUCAUAACUUGACGAAGGCCGUCGGUGGGGCCAAUAUCUGGCUCAAGCGCGAGGACCUCAACCCGUUCGGCAGCUACCAAGCCCGAAAUGUUGUAGGUCAGACCCUGUUUGCCCACCGUAUUGGGAAAACGGAGAUUGUUAUGGACUGCGGAUUCGCUGGUCACGGCCUUGUAUGUGCCGCCAUGUGUGCACGUCUGAAGAUGAAGUGUACCAUUCUCAUGGGCACCUCUGAUGUCUCAGCCCAGCCUGAUGCGAUCAAGAAGAUGGAAGAACUAGGUGCCACUGUGAUUAGUGCACAAUGCCCAGGGAUGACCAGAGGAAGAGACAAGGGCUACCACCGAACCGCUACCAACGAAGCUCUUCGCUACUCUCUCACGCAUAUUGAUUCCGCAUACCAUAUUACUAGCGGUACAGUCGGGCCUCACCCUCUACCUUCUAUUGCCCGGACCUUUCAGUCGCUACUCGGACAAGAGAUAAAGAACUGCAUCUCCCGAAUGACUGGUAGGGAGGACAGCGCGCCAGAUGCUCUGAUUUCCCAUGUCGGCUCAUCUGGCGCUGCAGCUCUUGGUAUGUUCGCGAUAUUCAUUGACGACCCAGCUGUGCGACUCGUCGGCGUUGAGGCCGCCGAUGCUGCCCCUUUGACCCACGGGUCUGUGGGCGUCAUGUACGGGUGCAAGACUCUUCUGUUACAAGACGAUGACGGCCAGAUCCUGGAAACUUAUUCCGUUGCCCCCGAUCUAAAUUUCCCUUGCGCAGGGCCAGAGUUGGCUCAUUGGAAAGACAUGGCACGACUAGAGACAGUCACAGCGUCAAACGAGGAAGCCGUGCAGGGCCUGCGUAUCUUGUGCGAGCAUGAGGGAAUUGUGUCUAGUUUGGCGACGGGUCAUGCAGUUUUGCAGACUGUGAGGUUGGCGAAAGAGUUGGGGGCAGGCAAGGAUGUUGUUCUACUCGUUUCUGGGUGA